GAACCAGCGGCACCCCUCUUUGACCAGUGUUCCGUAGAUCAAUGCGGAGGUUCUCAAAGAGAUUUUUCUAGUCAACAACAAUUCUAACCUGGACUAACCCAACAACAACAGCAACAAUUUGUUCCUCAUCGAAGGCUCUUGCUGAAUAACCCAACAACAUCUUUUUUACUAAUUUGAUUUUCUCCGUCACCUACUUCUCCAUCGGUGGUGAAUAUCAACAAACACAAGUAGUCAGGUUUCAAGAGAUAAGAUAGAGGCUUUAUGGGUUUUCUUGCGCUUUGGACUUCAACUUUGUAGCAGCAACUAAAGAAAUUCAUCCCCAAAUCGAGCUUCAACUUAUUUUAUCUUGAAUCAUUGAAUCUUCGAUGCUCAUGUUUUCAAACAAGCUUUUGUGUUGGGCUUGAGUUGUAGAGCUAGAGUUAUUUUCAAUCUGGUGGGCCAAUCCAUAGUUGGUUGCCCUUUUCCGUAUAAAUGAAACUCGAAGGUGUUGUUUCGUAGCAGUAGCCGAAGAACCAAAGCUCGAUUUACAAGUUGAAGAUAGAGGUUCGCUUCUCAGGUUCAGAUCCUCCAUUAACGAUCCAAAGCAAAGUUUGGUGAGGUGGGUUGGGUUCAAUGUAGCAACUAGACCGGAAUCGCCUGCGAAAACCGUACUAGGAGAGUCGUUUCCAUCAAUCUCAGAUCAUUCAAUCUCUCCAGACUGAUCGAUUCCAGUUUGUGCCAAUUAGAGCUUUGUCCUCCAACAUCCUCUCCUCUCUGCUCUAUGAAACCCACUAAGGGUUCUCGAGGAUUCUUGUUAUCUCAAUCUUUUCUAAAUGAAAGGAAAGCAUAGGAAGAAAUUAGAAUAUAGAUAGGCCUCUAUCUCUCUCCUUCACUGCCUUAAACGAAGAAAGGAUUUUAAUGCUUUGUUGCUGAUACAAAACCUAACCUUUUGAUCCUUUCUUUCCUCCCUCCUGUUUUUUUUUUUUUUACAAGGGAGUUCGAAGACGGAAAUGGGGAAGAGGAGAGAGAGAUCGGGAAAGAGACCUGGCCGGAGGUGGAUAGGGUCGAUGUUGGACCGUUGCCGCUGUGCAUACAGUUGAAAGAGAUGAUGAAUAAUGUUUUUCCCGUUCUCUCGAAAAUGAACUUGGGACGAGGUAUGGGUAAUAUUGGGUUUUAAAAGAAUUUUAAACAGGGUUUUAACGGAAUAGUAACGGAUGUUAAUGGUAAAGGUAGAGUUAAUAAAUUGUCGGAAAAAGUAAGGAGAAUUGACUUUUUAAGAAAUUUACCGUGGAGAAUGUAUCAAAAACCGUAACGAGAACUGACCCGUCGGUACCGGAUCUGAAAUCAAAGUCGGCUCGAUCGGUUUGGACCCGACCCAUUGACAGCCGUACCAAAAUGUCACAUAGGGUUUUCUCCAUUCGACCGAAAACUGAAGGGUCUCUUUGAACUUCUGCAGCUCACCGGUUCUCGUUGAACUUCUGCGUUCCCCAUUCGACCGACCGACUGAAAACGAAAGGAGUCUCACCGUCUCUCUUCAUCUUCUUUGUUUUUUGUCAUCAAUUACGCUGCGUAAACACGAGAUAGAGGUCAUGGCGGAAGAAGAGAUGCUUCAUGUGAGUUCAAAAGCAGAGCUGAAACGAAAGGAGAAGCAGAAAAAGAAAGCCAAGUCAGGAGGAUUCGAGUCUCUGGGUCUGAGCCCUAAUGUUUACAGAGGCAUCAAGCGCAAGGGUUACCGAGUCCCUACGCCGAUACAGAGGAAGACGAUGCCUCUCAUACUUUCCGGCGCUGACGUCGUCGCCAUGGCAAGGACCGGGUCCGGAAAGACGGCAGCAUUCCUGGUGCCGAUGCUUGAGCGGUUGAAGCAACAUGUCCCUCAAGGUGGUGUUAGGGCUCUUAUUCUCUCUCCCACUAGAGACUUGGCACUUCAGACAUUGAAGUUCACGAAGGAGCUUGGUCGAUUCACAGAUCUUCGUAUUAGUUUAUUGGUUGGUGGAGAUAGCAUGGAGAGCCAGUUUGAAGAGUUGGCUCAGAAUCCUGAUAUCAUAAUUGCAACUCCCGGAAGACUCAUGCAUCAUCUGUCUGAGAUUGAUGAUAUGUCCUUGCGGACUGUGGAAUAUGUGGUGUUUGAUGAAGCUGACUGUCUAUUUGGUAUGGGGUUUGCGGAACAGUUGCACAAAAUCCUUGCACAACUGAGUGAGAUCCGUCAGACCCUGCUCUUCAGUGCAACCCUGCCUAGUGCUCUUGCUGAGUUUGCUAAGGCUGGACUUCGAGACCCACAACUUGUUCGGCUUGAUUUGGAGACUAAGAUUAGCCCUGACCUGAAGCUUACCUUUUUCACCUUAAGGCAGGAAGAGAAGCAUGCUGCAUUGUUGUAUUUGAUCAGGGAGCAAAUUGGUUCUGAUCAGCAGACAUUGAUAUUUGUUUCCACAAAGCAUCAUGUGGAAUUCCUCAAUAUUCUCUUUAGAGAAGAGGGUAUUGAGCCAUCUGUAUGCUAUGGUGAUAUGGAUCAAGAUGCUCGUAAGAUUCAUAUAUCAAAAUUUAGGGCAAGAAAGACAAUGUUGCUAAUUGUUACAGAUGUUGCUGCGAGAGGCAUUGAUAUUCCAUUGCUUGAUAAUGUUGUCAACUGGGAUUUCCCUCCGAAACCUAAAAUUUUUGUCCAUAGAGUGGGGCGAGCUGCUCGAGCAGGUCGGACUGGUAUGGCGUUUUCCUUUGUCACAUCUGAGGAUAUGCCAUACCUCUUAGAUCUCCAUCUCUUCCUUUCAAAACCAAUUAGACCUGCUCCUACUGAGGAGGAUGUUCUUCAAGACAUGAAUGGAGUGUUAUCCAAAAUUGAUCAGGCAAUUGCAAAUGGUGAAACUGUCUAUGGGCGUUUUCCUCAGACCGUUCUAGAUCUUGUUUCAGACAAAGUCCGGGAAAUCAUUGAUUCAUGUACAGAACUAGCUACUUUGCAGAAGACCUGUAAUAAUGCAUUUCGCUUGUAUUCAAAGACAAAACCUUUACCAUCAAAGGAAUCCAUUAGAAGGGCGAAGGUUUUGCCCCGUGAGGGAUUGCAUCCAAUUUUCAAACAUUUAUUAGGUGGCAAUGAGCUAACAGCACUUGCCUUUUCUGAACGUUUGAAAUCUUUCAGACCAAAGCAGACUAUUUUGGAAGCUGAAGGUGAAGCUGCGAAAUCAAAGCAUCUACAAGGUCCUUCUAGUCAAUGGGUUGAUGUAAUGAAGAAGAAAAGAGCUGUCCAUGAAGAGAUCAUCAACAAAGUACAUCAGCAACGCUUUGUUGAUCAGGUGUCAAAGGAAGUCCAAUCAGAAAGUUCUGUUGCAAAGAAAAAAGAGAAGAAAGAAAUUUGUGGUUCUAAAAGAAAGGCAAAGAGCUUCAAGGAUGAAGAGUACUACAUAAGUUCAGUACCCACAAAUCAACAUUUGGAAGCAGGACUCUCGGUAAAAGCUAAGGAAGGCUUUGGCUCAAGUCGGUUGGAUGCUGCUGUGCUUGAUCUAGUUGCAGAUGAUAGUGUUGGUUUGCAGAAGCAAAAGUCUGUAUAUCAUUGGGAUAAGAGGAGUAAAAAGUACAUCAAACUGAACAAUGGCGAGCGUGUGACAGCCAGUGGGAAGGUAAAGACAGAGAGUGGUUCCAAAGUAAAAGCCAGCAAGACUGGGAUAUAUAAGAAGUGGAAGGAACGGUCUCACAAUAAGAUCUCUCUUAAAGGAACAAAUGCUGAAGGGACCCCAGGUUCAUCAGGGGAUCGCCAGAUGCACCAGGGAUUCAAUAGAAAGUUCAAAAGGGGCAGAGGGCAUUUCUCUGUGCCCAAUGUCCAUGUGCGUUCAGAACUUAAAGAUCCUGAACAAGUUAGGAAGGAAAGGCAGAAAAAGGCAAGUAAAAUCUCCAGUAGGAAGAACAAAACAUCAAAAGGAAAGAAGAUUGGCAAAAAAGGGAAAGGAAGAAAAUCAUAGUCGUAAGAGUUACGAUUGGGUUAAUCCUCAACAAAUUGAAGGCGCCAGCUGAGCCAGCUAGUAGUAAAGUCUUGCCGGGUGUAACGGGGACCUGGUAUGUAUCCCGUCUUCAUCAGGGUUUACAGGCGUUUUGGGAUUUUUGGGGGCAGGCCCUUCCAUUAUGUAAAGCCCAUUUGCCUAGCACACACCAAAUGACCAAAGAAAAAUCUCAUGAAUUUAGAGCACUUAAAUACAGGUUUCAAAGCGAGUGAAGGGGAAAAAUUUGAGUCGCAAAGACUGGCUCCGUUAAGAGACUGAAACUUUUGUGAUGCCUGUGCAGUUUUACAACAGACUUGUAAUUCAUUACGAGCCUUGAGUUCUCUGUUUCUUACUCUUCAAGGUUUAUUCAUUUGGUUCUUUUUAUUGUCCUUUGUUGGAAAACUUUUGAUGCAACUUUCCAGUGAACUUGUAAUUCUGAGUCAUUGUAGACUUGCUUAUAGUUCAUUUUUUACCCUUUUAACUCAAGUUCACCAUGUUCAUUGAUGUGAUGCAAGGUACAUUGACAUUGAAGUUAUUUUAUGUUCAUCCCCUUGGCCA